GCAGGCCCCAAGAAAAUCCCACCAUUCCUCGCGCGAACUGUAACAUCCGGUUUGUUUGUCGUUCUAAAUGUUGAAGUUGACGGCUGUAGUACCGGGGUAAUACCUUAUUUGCGAAAUGCCUAGACGUAAGAAGAAAAAAUUGACUGAGAGGUUGAGUGCAUGGAAGGAAGAGCAAAAAACGGAGAAGCAACCCAGCCAGCAGGAUGACAAGCAAGCAGAGGUAGAGUCAGUACAGGAAGUAGAGUCAGGAGUACAGGAGCCAGCUGAAAUGCUCAUGGAGGCGGAGGUAAGUGGGGAGGAGCCAGUUGAUGACCAGGAUGUACAGGAAACAGGGGCCUGGGAUAGUGAAGGAGGUUUCAUUUUUGACCCUUUUACGCGGGAAGAUCAAUCGAAUGUGGCCAGCAUGGUAAACAGGUAUGCCCAAAAUGAAAAUGAAAUCAUUACUGUUAAAGAAUACCACAAUAUGGAGCAGAGGAAUGUCCCUUUGAAGACACCUUGUAGUAGCGGUAUUGUUUCUAUACGAGGAGAUGGGAAUUGUUUUUAUAAUGCAAUUAGUUACAAUAUCUGUGGCACCGAAGAAUAUCAUAAAGUACUAAGGGAUCAUUUGAUAAAGUUUAUGUCAACAUUGCCUGAGAAUGUUUACAGGUCUUGGUUCGAUGGAGGACUAACCAUGUGUCAGUACCUGAACCGUCGAGAUGAGAGAGGGAAACGUCCAGGAGAUCUUGGUGCAUGGGCCUCACAGGUAGAAAUAGAUGCAAUGGCUUUAUUCUUGGGAGUACGCAUCUACUUGUACACUAAGUACGGCAAGGAGUGGACGUGGUUUAAGUACCCAUCAAACGAAAGUAUUGGUGAUCAAAUCAUGUUGGAACCAGGUAAUGCUAUAUACCUCAAUCAUGCAAACCAAAAUCACUUUGAAGUUGUUACAAAAGUAUGGAGCUGUCAAGAGACAAGGAGUACGACACUGUGCCAGGAAGAAGAAUCUACAGAGGUCUCACCAGUCACUAGCAGCAAGAGAAAGACCACACUGAAUGAUAACGUUGAGGACCGCAAGAAGGCCAAACGGGAACGAGAAAGGAAACGGUACCAGGAGGAUGAGAAGUAUGCCCAGUCUCAACGGGACAGGAAGAAGACAAGAUAUCACACUGAUGAACAGUUCGCCCAAGAGAAGCGAGACAAAACAAAGGAACGGUAUCACACUGAUGAAGAGCAUGCCCAAGAGAAGCGAGACAAACAAAGGAACGGUAUCACACUGAUGAAGAACAUGCACAGACUGAAAGGGAUAGAAAGAAGGAACGAUAUCACACUGAUGAAGAGCAUGCCCAAGAGAAGCGAGAUUAUGAAAAGGAAAGAUAUCAUACAGAUUCAGAGCAGAGAGAUUUGAAAAAAAGUAAUGUGCAGAUAAACAGAGAGAAAAAACAGAAUUUACCAGAUGUUAAGAAGUCCAUUGGAAAGUUUUAGCUGGAAUGCAAAAAGGGACCAAAACAUGCUUGCACUGUAUGUCAUAGGCUUUUGUUUCGUGAUCAAGUUGUAAUCUGUCACACAUCAAAGUAUGUUCCGGCUGUUCAACAAUAUCUCACGGGUAAGUAUGUACAUAAAUGCACUGAAGACUGCAGCCCACAUUGUCCCACAUUAAAAUCACCCAUGGGGAAAGAGUGGAUAUGUCACUGUUGUCACGGGCACAUGAUGAAAAAGAAGACCAUGCCAUACCAGGCCCAAAGUAAUAAAAUGAAGCUCCCGGACAUACCUCCUGAGCUGAAAAGUCUCAAUACUCUGGAGUCACAACUUAUAGCCAAAAGAAUAUCAUUUAUGAAAGUUGCCGCUCUCCCAAAAGGGGGGCAGAAGGGAGUUAUAGGCCCCGUAGUGUGUGUCCCAGCAGAUGUAAGUGAAACGCAUGCAGUCCUUCCCAGAAUGCCUACAGAAGCUGAGUUAAUCAAAGUAAAACUUAAGAGGAAGCUACAGUACAGUGGGCAUUACAUGUAUAGACAGAUCAGUCCAAUGAAAAAAGAUGCUGCUCUGAAGUAUCUUGUAGAAAAUAAUGAACUUUACAGUGGCACGUCUAUCAAUGCAGACUGGGCUUUGUCAUGGAACGAAGAAGGGCUUCUUGAACCUGGAGGGGAAGGCGACUCAGAAGUUCCCACAGUGCCAGAGCAUGGCGAGUCAGUCAGUGAGGACAGUGAUGGCGUGGAAGGGCCAACCGGAGAUGGUAUGGAAGAUGAUGAAAUGGACAACAUUCUUCAACAGAUGAAUAUAGAAGAAGCCAUUGAAGAAGCAGAUCUAGCUGAGGAUGAGGAACUGGACAACCUCUUGCGGGGGCUGCCGCAUGAUACUUGCCUUCAGCCGAUAGACAUAGGACAGGAAUUUCUUGAUCAUCACGAUGAACAUAUCCUGUGUGUUGCCCCAGGACAGGGGGAGAAGCCAGUUUCUGUAUUCAAGGAGGUUGGGGGAGAGGCAAUGUCCUUCCCGGUGCAAUUCCCUACAGGGAAGUUUUCUUUUAACGAUGAUCGCAACGUAAGUAUUACACCUAGCAAGUACUUCAAGGCACGGCUUAUGGGUGCAGAUACAAGGUUUGCAAGCGAUACUAGCUACAUAUUCUUUGCACAAUAUGUAACAGAGCUGCACUUCAUACAGUCGAAUAUUUCCAUAUCUAUGCGCAAAGGUUCACCUGUAACAAGUGAUGGGCGUAGAAUAUCUGCUGGAAUGUUGUCAAACAGAGAGGACUUACAGAACAUUCUAAGUCAGAUCAAGGCUAUCGCUUCCUUCAGCCAGUCAGAGGUACUCCGCAGUUUUGGGACAGGGCACUAAAUGAAUUGUUUGCAAUGAUAAGGCAGCUCGGGAUUCCAACAUGGUUCGCGACAUUUUCCGCCGCAGAUUUGCGAUGGCCCGAAGUGCUAGAAGCCAUUCGACAAGAUCAGAGCUCGGUAUCAGUUAGCGAUUUGUCGUGGGAAGAGCGUUGCGACAUUUUGAAGAGCAAUCCUGUCACAGCUGCACGUAUGUUCGAUCACCGAGUAAAGUUGUUUUUCAAACAUCUCAUUCAGUCCCCAUCGCAACCGAUUGGAGAAGUGGUUGACACAUUCACCAGGACAGAGUUUCAGCAGCGCGGCUCGCCUCAUAUUCAUUGUUUGUUCUGGGUAAAAGAUGCGCCAAAGUUAGAUGUAAAUUCAGAAGAGGAGAUCUGCUCUUUUGUGGACAGGUAUGUUUCCUGUCAGCUACCUAAUGCUGAGACGGAUAAAGAGUUGUUUGACAUAGUUAGUCAGGUUCAAAUGCACCGAAAAGGUCAUACGGCGUCAUGCAAGAAAGGUGGUAAAGUUUGUAGGUUUGGAUUCCCUAAACCUCCAGUAAAGCAGACAUUUCUGUGUGGCCCUACACCCCUGACAGAAAUGACCUUUGAAGAAUUGGCAUCCAUUCCAGCGAGAGAGGCGCAAGCUGAAGCAAUCCUUAAAGCAUUUUGGGAUGUGUUGAACAAGAAAAGUGAGCCUGAAAAGUGCUCCACAGAUGAUCUUCUAAAAAGAGGUAAAGAUCACCACUGCACAGUUCUGUGUUGCCAUGAACACGAUGGCAAACAGGAAGCAAAUAAUGCUCAGGCGUGAGCCAAAGGACAUGUGGGUGAACAAUUACAAUCCACAUCUACUGCGGGCUUGGAAUGCCAACAUGGACAUCCAAUAUGUUCUGGAUGCUUACAGUUGCGUUAAGUACAUUGUAUCAUAUAUCAGCAAAGCGGAAAGAGAAAUGGGAAAAGUACUUAAGCAAGCCCAGAAAGAGGCAAGGGAAGGCAAUGAGGAUGUAGUGACUGAAAUGAGAAAGGUUGGCCAUGCGUAUAUUCACCAUAGAGAGGUAAGUGCCCAAGAGGCAGUGUAUAGAGUCUGUAGCCUAAAGUUAAAGGAUUGUUCAAGAGAAGUGAUAUUCAUACCAACAGAUGAACAUGCUAAUCGCCUGUCGAAACCUUUGGCGGCAAUCAAACAACUUGCAAGUCAGGGUGACGAAGCCAGCAUCUGGAUGCCAAGCAUCAUGGAUAGAUACAAGGCGAGACCACGAGAGGAACCCUUUCGAUCCCUGUGUGCUGCAGAGUUUGCCUCUGAGUAUCGUGUUGUUUCAUGCUCGGGCAAGCAAAAUACAUAUAGUGGCGAGCAGCCAUCUAGAGGAGAAGCGAAGCAUGCGCUGAGGGAUGAUUUGGGGGUUGUACAAAAGCGUACAAGAUCUAAGCCAGCAGUCAUACGCUUUGCUAAAUUUAAUAAAGAGAAAGAGCCAGAGCGAUACUACUUGACAUUGCUGAAGUUGUACUUGCCACACUAUUGUGAUGCGGAGUUGAAACCACCACAAUUUGAAAAGUAUGAAGAAUUCUACUCUGAUGGAGUCGCUCCCUUGUCAAACACAAAUGAUAAGGUUAAGGUUGUUGUGCAUGCGAAUAGGCGUAAAUUUGAGCAGAAUGUUGACGAACUUGAGCAGGCGCGCAAAGAUGUAGAAAAUAACAGUUGUCUUGUAGAAGAUGUCUGGGCCCAGAUGUUCCCUGAAAUUGAGCAAGAAAGAAUAGAGUGU